AUGUCUGAAUUGGAGACAGUCUCGAAGGUACUAGCAGAGUCCGUCAUAGCAUCGACGGCGCGGUCCUCUGAGAAGAGCUUGAAGGAGCUGGAGUCACAGGAUGGGUUUGGACUGACUCUACUGCAUGUUGUUGCGUCGACGAACCUACCCAUUUCUACGAGGCUCGCCGGUGCUCUUUUCUUCAAGAAUUUUAUUAGGAGGAAGUGGGUGGAUGAGAACGGCAAUCACUUGCUUAGUGAGAACAGCAUAGAAUUGAUCAAGAAGGAGAUUGUGCCGUUGAUGAUAUCGCUGCCCAAUAACUUGCAGUCGCAGAUUGGGGAGGCCAUUUCAUUGAUUGCCGAUUCUGAUUUCCCUGGCCGGUGGCCAGGGUUGCUGCACGAUUUGGUCAUCCGGUUGAACCCGAAUGACAUGGUGCUCAAUAAAGGUGUGUUGAUUGUGGCGCAUUCUAUUUUCAAACGUUGGAGACCGCUGUUCAGAUCAGACGAGCUGUUUUUGGAGAUCAAGAUGGUUUUGGACGUGUUUACAGGUCCCUUUUUGGACUUACUAAAGACCGUUGACCAGCAGAUCGACGCCAACGCCGGGAACGAGGCUCAGCUGAACAUUUUGUUUGAUGUCCUGCUUGUUUUGAUUAAACUGUACUAUGAUUUCAACUGUCAGGACAUCCCAGAAUUCUUCGAGGAUAACGUCAACAUCGGGAUGACAAUUUUGCACAAGUACCUGAACUACAAGAAUCCGCUGUUGAACGAUGCAGACGACCCAGAGCACGUCACUGUUCUGAUCAAAGUCAAAUCGUGCAUUCAAGAGGUGGUUCAGCUAUACACGACAAGGUACGAGGAUAUAUUUGGACCCAUGAUCAACAAUUUCAUCGAAAUAACAUGGCAGUUGUUGAUUAGUCUUUCUGGAGAACCAAAGUACGAUAUUCUUGUCUCCAAAUCGUUGGGGUUCCUGACGGCGGUGACUCGUAACCCAAAAUACUUUGAAAUCUUCAACAGCCCUGAGUCCAUGGACAGGGUCACUGACCAGAUCAUUUUGCCUAACGUUACAUUACGGGAGUCAGAUGAGGAGCUGUUUGAAGAUGAUCCGAUUGAGUACAUUAGAAGGGAUAUAGAGGGUUCGGACGAUGAUACGAGGAGGAAGGCCUGCACUGAUUUCUUAAAGGAAUUGAAGGAAAAAAACGAAGUUCUAGUGACCAACACCUUUCUGGCGCAUAUGAAGGGAUUCUUUGAGAAGUAUGAGUCCAACCCUGCACAAUUCUGGAAGUACAAGGACCUUUACGUCUAUCUAUUUAGCACACUGGCCAUCAGCGGGAGUCUGUCUAGUAGCGGUGUCAUAUCCACGAACCCAUUAUUGGAUAUCGUCGAUUUCUUCAAGCAGCAGAUCAUUCCGGAUUUGACUAACCAAAGCAUUCCCCAUAUCAUUUUGAGAGUGGAUGCCAUCAAGUUCAUUUAUGUUUUCAGAAACCAAUUGACCAAAGAACAACUCAUUGAGAUCAUGCCAUUAUUGGCCAAGUAUUUGAACGCCGAAGAAUAUGUUCUGUACACAUACGCUGCUAUUACAAUCGAAAAAAUACUAACCAUUAGAGCUUCGAUAUCUUCUCCUCAGCUGAUCUUCCAAAAGGAGGAUCUUGCCGGAAGCGGGGAAAUCUUGCUAAGAAAUUUGAUCGGUUUGAUAUUGAAGCAAGGUAAUUCACCUGAAAAAUUGGCUGAGAACGAGUUCUUGAUGAAGGCGUCCUUCAGAGUGUUACAAACAGCGGAGACAGCAAUCUUACCGAUCUACCCAGAUAUGCUCAAUCAACUGAUUGGUGUUGUCAGCGUUGUUUCGAAGAAUCCGUCGAAUCCCAGAUUCUCUCACUACACUUUUGAAGCUAUUGGUGUUAUCUUGAACUACACCUCUGUCGAGUUAUUGCCACCGCUUAUAGAGAUGAUAAUUCCUGUUUUCCUGCAUAUUUUAUCUGAGGACAUCCAAGAAUUUAUCCCAUAUGUUCUGCAAACGGUGGCAUAUUUGGUCGAGAAAUCCGGCGUCGUGAUAGGCACGAUCAGACAAUUGCCCGCAAUGAUCUUGGCGCCAUCUGUUUGGGAACUAAAGGGUAAUGUCCCCGCUGUGACUCGACUGCUAAAGGCAUUUAUUAAAGUUGAUGCGACGCUUUUUCCUGACUUGGUUCCCGUUCUUGGUGUUUUUCAAAGACUCAUUGCGUCAAAGGCAUAUGAGGUGCACGGUUUCGAGUUGCUGGAGGAUAUAAUGUUGACCCUAUCCCCAGAAUUGUUGAAGCCGUACUUGAAACAGAUUGCGGUGUUACUUCUCCAGAGGUUGCAAAGCAGUAAGACAGAGAGGUAUGUGAAGAAGUUCAUUGUGUUUCUUUCUCUGAUUACUAUCAAGCUUGGCGGUGAUUUCACCAUCCAGUUUAUCGACGAGGUACAAGAGGGUGUGUUCCAGCCCAUUUGGUCUAAUUUUGUCCUUGAAUAUGCGGCGACGAUAGCGAACAUUUUAGAUCGUAAGAUUGCAUUAGUUGGACUUGCCACGAUGGUGAACGGCAGCUCCCUUUUUACGAACAAGUACGGUCCCCUUGUGGCUGGUACGAUCAACGUUCUGGUACAGAUUCUAGUCUCUGAGAACAUCGCGCAUUUGAACUCGGAGUUGAUCGAUCUCGAUAACACGGAGGAAAUCUCUACGUUUGGUUCAUCGUACAGUCGGUUAGCGAGUAUUGCUGAUAAACCGUUGGACCCGUUGCCCAACAUCGACCACAAUGUCGGGCUCAAGAAGUACGUCACUGGGCUCGUUGUUGGAUUUGUCGAGACUCAUGCGAACGUUGGUGCCCAGUUGGCUGAGGCAACACAAAUUGCAUUGACGCAGCUGCUCCAGUCGUAA